AGACGCUGGCUUAGUGGAAGACGUGUUCAGUGCUGAUCUGCUUCCCUGUGAGGACACCUUUCACUGCUGGUGAGGCUUCUCUCAACCACCACUACCUCUACAGGCAGCCAUCUUCCGCCUACCACACAUUUAUAAUAAUUCAAGAUGUUUGACGUGUUCGGUGAUCUGAAAAAGCAGAUCACAACAUCCGGGCUGACCAAGCCCCGGGUGUCGUCACUGGCGUUCUUCGCGGCCAAGGCCUGCAUGUUCAUCACCCUGAUGGCUUGCGUCCUGGUCACGGCCAAGAACUACAUCGGCGACAACAUCAACUGCAUCACGGGCCAUGAGAAGCAGGAGCACAAGGCCAUAGAGACCUACUGUUUCAUCGCCUCUACCUUCACCCUCGUCGACCUCAAUGCCGCCACGGCCGCCCACCCUGGAGUAGGACCCUUGCAGGUGGGCAAGACCAUCGACGGCGUGAAGGAAGAUGCCGACCUGCGGCGUCACGCCUACUACCAGUGGGUGCCCAUGGUGCUCGUGCUCCAGGCCGUCAUCUACUACUUCCCUCUUUGGCUCUGGGACAAGAUCGACAAGGGUUUCUUCGAGGCCGCCCUUUGUCAACUCGACAAAGUUCACAUCAGCGACGUCACUAAGAACAUUGAGAGCUCUGCUCGCUAUUUUGCCAGCUCUCUCACCACGCACAGGAGCUACGGCGUGUCCUUCCUGUUGUGCGAGUGUCUGGUGUUCGGUGUGGCUGUGGGGAACCUUUUCUUCACCAACACUUUCUUGGGCGGAGAGUUCUUCAAGUUUGGUGCAGCAGCUAUCAAGUACCUGGGUCACGACGCCACUGACCCCACCAACCCACUCAACGAGAUAUUCCCCAAGGUGGCUAAAUGCACAUGGCACAAGUUUGGGCCAUCUGGCACCAUCCAGACCGAGGACUCCAUGUGUGUCCUGCCUCUCAACAUUGUCAACGAGAAGACUUACAUCGUCCUUUGGCUGGUGUAUAUCAUUACUGCCUCCAUCACCGGCAUCGUCCUCGCUCUCCACCUUCUCCUCUUCUUCUUCGCCAGCAUCAGGAACACCGUCCUCGUUCACAUGGCCCACAAGCAGAAGACCAAGCUGGACCUGCAGAACGUCCUCAUCAAGUGUAACUAUGGUGACUGGUUCCUCAUGUACCACUUCAAGAGGAAUAUGGCAUACUUCAGUGACUGGAUCAGCAAGGUGCGGGAGGAACUCCACAAGUAGACCACAGCAGAUCAUUUUUGGGUGCUGCUCACCUCAUGAUGUACUGAUAAUAACAAAACUAGUGCCAGGCACGUUUAUGACAGUGAUAACCUUGAUCAUUGUGCCGAGAUCCUCACACUGCAGUGUUGUUCGUCUUCCCAGAGAUCCCUGUCAUAAGAACCUGUUACCCUGGCUACAGGUGCUCCUAUUACCCUGGCAUAAAUCACUAUAUGAUUACUGUGUCAUCAGCAGAUGACAGAAUCAUAUACUUACACAAGAUUUAUGUGUAAGCCUAUGUUAUGAAUUGUCAGUUAAUUGUUUUAAUAUAUUCAGUAUUAGUGUGUAUAUUUAUUAUUAUAAAUAAAUGCACAUUAUAUAUAUAU